AGGUUAUGUUGAUUUCUACUUAUCACAUGUAAAUAACACGUGUGCCGGUGCUUUGUGCAUGUAUAUUUCUUUUUAAUACAUAUAUUAGAAUAUCAUUUUAUAAUUGUCAAUAUGCUCUGUCCAAAGUACAAUUUCAAACCACCACCGCAUAAAUUCUUCAUAGAGAAGUAUGAUUUUAGAAAAAGAAGUGUUCCUAUGCCGAUGAAAACUCAUUACUUCAAUCAUUCUAUAUCCGUAGUGCUUCCUGACACUGUUACAGUUCCUACUCGUUUACAAAAUUGUUUAUUGAUCGAUACAAAUUAUUAUCAAGUAAAUGGAUUGCGUGCCUGCGAUCUAUUAUACAGAGAAUUCAUUGAAGCUUUUGUCAAGAAAGGGGAAGUCAAUCUCUUGACAGUAGGAGUUAAAAUAGAUUUGGAGAGUUCUAUAUGUUUAACACCAAGUGGACAUUUAGUGCUCUCUUUGAUAGAUGCACAUUACCAAGCUCUUGGUUUAGAAGGAAGAGUUUCUUUCUUUGCAAGUAAAUCUCGUACGCGUUAUGUAGUGGUAAUUGAUCUAAAUGAUGAAAAUUUUAUUCCUGGUAAUAAGAAUUUUGAAAGAGUUCGAAUAGCAUUGAAAAAACGACUCUCGCAAAACUUUAAUGUUAUAGUAUCAUGGCAUCCAUCACAGUACAAUGUGUGCCCAUCCUCCAUAGCAGCAUGGUUUGAGAAACUAGAUUAUACAGUUGAUCUUGCUUCCCAAAGAUUUUCUCAAAGAACUGAAUACUCAUUAAUGAUACCAACUCUUCAAGAUGAAUGUAAUAUCGAUAAAUUCUUUGAAUGGCUCGGAAUCUUCAGCACUGACUGUAAACUAUCGAAUGGAGAAACAGAUGAUGCAAACCCAUAUAAAUGUCCUUCUCCUUCAAUACAAGUUGGGCAAGUACAGUAUUUGAAGUAUACCGGAUUCUUUACGAGCAGAAAGAUGCAAGAGAUAUAUAAUGUGUUAAAAGAUUAUAUAUUAUCACGAAAUACUGUAUCAUGGAUUAGUUUGGAUGUACAGGGAUUUGCGGACAGUCCCAUUAGUUGGGGCUUACGAGAACACACGUUCUUCACUGAUGGAGACAAUAGUUACACUAUUAUAUUUCAACCUAACGAUGAAUCUAUUAUACGACAAAGUUCAAGUUCUAAUAACAGACCAAGAACAAAUUCUGAAUAAAUUCUCCUUUUCACGUAAUACUUUAUUAUCCUUUUCAUGUAAUUUGUAAUUUUGCAAUGAGGAAUUGGAUUUUGAGGAACAUAUUUUUAAAUAAAUCAUUGUCUUAAAAA